UCACCACGUCACUAACCCGGAAGUGGGUCGUCGCGUCUCCGUUCUCGGCUGUGUUUGUUGACAGCUUCCUUUCAGGAGCAAAACUCGAGACCAAAGCUCCUCAUACUACAGUAGCACUGCAUCGUAGGACUGAAGGUGUCAUACCACGGAGUAGUGUCUGAUAAUACUACAGUAGUACUGUAUCGUAGGACUGAACGUGUCAUACCACGGAGUGUCGUGUGAUAAUACUACAGAGUAUCGCAACACUACGGACUGAAGAUGAACGUGACGCUGGCAGUGAAGCAGUACGUCACCAGGAUGAUCGAGGACAGCGGGCCGGGCAUGAAGGUCCUGCUGAUGGACAAGGACACGACCAGUAUCGUCAGCAUGGUGUACACCCAGUCAGAGAUCCUACAGAAGGAGGUGUAUCUCCUGGAGAGAAUCGACUCUCAGAACCGGGACAACAUGAAGCACCUGAAAGCGAUCUGUUACCUGCGUCCUACCAAGGAGAAUGUGGAGAGUCUGAUCCAGGAGCUGAGAAGACCCAAGUACAGUGUCUACUUCAUCUACUUCAGUAACGUCAUAAGUAAGAGUGAGAUCAAAGCACUGGCGGAGGCCGACGAACAGGAAGUGGUGGCCGAGAUCCAGGAGUUUUAUGGGGACUUCAUUGCUGUGAAUCCUCAUCUCUUCUCCCUUAACCUGCAGGGCGUUGCCAGGGGGCGGAGCUGGGACCCCACCAUGCUGGCCCGCUCCACUCAGGGCCUGACAUCGGUCCUGCUGGCGCUCAAGAAGUGUCCGGUCAUCAGAUACCAGCUGUCCUCCGACAUGGCCAAGAGACUGGCCGAGAGCGUCAAGCUCAUCAUCACUAAGGAGUACGAGUUGUUUGACUUCAGGAAGACUGAAGUUCCUCCACUGCUGCUGAUCCUCGACCGCAGCGACGACGCCAUCACCCCCCUCCUCAACCAGUGGACGUACCAGGCGAUGGUCCACGAGCUGCUGGGUCUGAACAACAACCGCAUCGACCUGUCCCGCGUCCCGGGGAUCAGCAAGGACCUCCGCGAGGUGGUGCUGUCGGCCGACAACGACGACUUCUACGCCAACAACCUGUACCUAAACUUCGGGGAGAUCGGCACCAACAUCAAGAACCUGAUGGAAGACUUCCAGAAGAAGAAACCGAAAGGACAGCAGAGGCUGGAGUCCAUCUCAGACAUGAAGGCCUUCGUGGACAGCUACCCCCAGUUCAAGAAGAUGUCGGGGGCGGUGUCGAAGCACGUGACGGUGGUGGGGGAGCUGUCCCGCCUGGUGGCGGAGCGGCAGCUGAUGGAGGUCUCAGAGGUGGAGCAGGAGCUGGCCUGUCAGAACGACCACUCCAGCGCCCAGCAGAAGGUGCGUCGGUUGCUCCGCCUCCCGGGGGUGUGUGAGCUGGACGCCGUCCGCCUGGUGAUGCUCUACGCCCUGCGCUACGAGCGCCAUAGCAACAGCGCGCUGCCCGCCAUGAUGGAGGAGCUCGCCAAGAGGGGCGUGUCCGAGAAGUACCGCAAGAUGGUCCACAGUGUGGUCGAGUACGGGGGGAAGCGGGUGAGAGGAAGUGACCUCGUCACGGCAACGGACGCCGUGGCGAUAACCAAACAGUUCCUCAAGGGGCUCAAGGGCGUGGAGAACGUGUACACUCAGCACCAGCCGCUGCUACAGGACACUCUGGACCAGCUGGUGAAGGGGAAGCUGAGAGACGCACAGUUCCCCUACCUGGGGGCCAGCAGCCUCAGAGACAGGUACACACCUGGGGGCCCUCACCUGGGGGCCAGCAGCCUCAGAGACAGGUACACACCUGGGGGCCCUCACCUGGGGGCCAGCAGCCUCAGAGACAGGUACACACCUGGGGGCCCUCACCUGGGGGCCAGCAGCCUCAGAGACAGGCCCCAGGACGUGCUGGUGUUCGUGGUGGGCGGGGCCACCUACGAGGAGGCGCUGUGCGUCUACAACCUGAACCGCUCGGUGCCAGGGGUCCGCAUUGUCCUGGGGGGCACCACCGUGCACAGCACCAAGAGCUUCCUCGAGGAGGUAACCAUGACGACCGGCAACAUCAGCGACAGGGCCGGAGCGGGGCGGAACCUUAGCAGACGCUGAACACACACACACGCACACACACGCACACACACACACACACACACACACGCACACGCACACGCACACGCACACACGCACACACACACGUAUGUGUUGUGAUAUCAUUAAGUUAUGUUGUGAUUCGUUAUGAUUUGAUUGUUGUCGGUCUUUCUGCUCUGUUGUGUUGUUUGUUUGUGUGAUUAUUUUGAUGUAAUAAAGUGUUACACAGAG